CGCAGUCCCUCGAGGCUCGCGCCCCGCAAUGACCUCCUCCCUCGUCUACGACCCGCACGGCCGCCUCGCAGAACACUACGUCCAGGAUGCCUUCCACAGCUACCUCAAGUCCUCGCUCACCCAGGCCAAAGCCGAGCGUCUGCUCGACGUCGAGAUGCUCAGCAGUGCCGAGGGUGAUCUCAUGAUCACAGGGCCCGCGCUGUGUCUGUACUUCGCCGCGCUGCGCUGCACGACGCGCCCGCCCUCCGUCCCUCUCCCGCGCAUCAACAAGUCCGCGCCCCAGCUCGACCUCUCCGAGGCCAACUGCCCGCGCCCCUUCCUCUCCUUCCUCCACAUCUGGUCCUCCGCCGUGCCCGACAUCCAGGCCCUCACCCCAGAGCACCAGCACGACCUCGCCCGCAUCGUCUGCAACCUCGAGCCCCUCUCCACCCUCCUCCACCCCGCCCUCAACCGCAUCGCCGCCGACCUCCGCGCCGUCGCCAUCGAGAUCAGCCAGCGCCGCUCCUUCCAGGACCGCUACGCGACAGACCUCCAGGCCGCGAUCGACACCGGCUCCGGCGGCCUGUCGCUCAAGGCGUCCUUCGUGCCCCCGCCCGUGUACUCGCCCUCGCCCACGUCCUCGACGUUCAGCAUCCCCCAGUCCCCCAAGGAACCCAUCUCCCCCCGCUCCUCCACGCACCCGCCCACGCCCGCACGCACGCCCUCCCUCUCCCCCGCCUCCGCCCCCGCCCCCGCCCCCGCCAUCGAGCUCAUCCGCGAAACCCUCUACGCAGCCCUCGCCGACGUCCUCGAACGCACCCCCUCCCUCCACGCCCUCCUCCCCACCGACCCCCCCCGCGCCUACUUCGGCAGCGUCGCCCUCGCCGUCCUCGCAGUCGCCACGACCCGCCUCACCCCCUCCGGCGCCGUCCGCGGCGUCCUCGGCCGCACCCUCGCGCCCGCCGCGUGCCCCGCCGAGCUCCGCCCGUUCAUGCGCGAGCUCGCGGCUAUCGGCGCGCAGGCGACGGAGGCGGAGGAGGCGGAUACGGAGGAGGCGCUGAGGCGCGCGGCGCGCGGGGAGGAAGUGCCGCCGCCGCGGCUUGAGCGCGUGCGCGCGAUGCUGGAGCGCGGCGUCGGGGCGUGCGAGGGCCGCCGCCAUGGCGAGGGGGAGGGGGAAGGGGGCGCGGGCACGGGCGGGAGCGCGAGCGGGAGGCGCAGCGUCGAGGGGCGCGCGGUCGCGUUUGCGAACCGCGUCAACGGCCUCGCGCUUGGCCUGACGCGGCUGCGCGCGUUCAGGGAGCGGCAGGACGAGGUGUUCGCGGUGCUCGCGGGCGUCGGGGCGUCGUGAUGCGCGCGAUGCGCGCGACGCGAGGAGAAAAUCGUACACGACGAAUGUGCACACGCUGCUGUCGCUUGCUGUAUCCCUAUCCAUACGCAUAGCAUACCCCCCCUGUCUCGAUUAAUUGUACUCUAGCCCCGCCCGUGCUUUAUAAAUCCAAUGACCGUGCGCCGU